CACCGUCGCCACAAGUAGCAACAAGCCCAAGCGAAGGAGGUGUAUUGGACAGAGGGAGAGAUUUAAAUUAAAACAAGGGAACGGUCAGGUGCCUUGUAUUCAUGCCCGAGUGGCGUGUUACGUAAUUCGUGAGAUAACUGCUGGCUAAUGUCCUUAGUAGUGAGCCCAACAUCCUCGUAGACAUUGGUUUGGUAGCAUUUACAAAGUUUACCUUAAGUUUCGAAACUGGCCUGGCGUUGGCCCUCUUCAACCCCACCGGGCCCACUCCUCUACUAACGUUAGGUGAUCGAGUUGAAGAAAGAUGGUGUCCUGGCUGAUCUCGAGAGCGGUCUUGCUUGUCUUUGGAUCGUUGUACCCUGCUUACUGCUCCUACAAAGCUGUGAAAAACAAGAAUGUCAAGGAAUAUGUUCGCUGGAUGAUGUACUGGAUUGUCUUUGCACUUUACACGGUGGUGGAAACGGUCACAGACCUCACGGUUGCAUGGUUUCCCCUCUAUUACGAGCUGAAGGUUGCCUUUGUGAUUUGGCUUCUGUCGCCCUACACCAGAGGUGCCAGUCUUAUCUACAGGAAAUGCCUGCACCCUCUGCUGUCUUCCCGAGAAAGGGAAAUCGACGACUACAUCGUCCAAGCCAAAGAGCGCAGCUACACGACCAUGGUGAGCUUCGGCAGACAAGGGCUGUCCAUCGCUGCCACCGCAGCCGUCUCUGCAGCUGUCAAGGGGCAAGGAGCCAUUACAGAGCGCCUGAGGAGUUUCAGUAUGCAGGAUCUGUCGCAGAUCGGCAACGACGAUCCUCCCAACCAGCUGUAUCCCGGAUACUCCAACCCCGGCAGGAGAGCCAAGAUCUCCAACGCGGACGAUGACGACUAUUACCAAUACGAGCAGGAGUGUAAGACGGAUGAAGAAAACGAGGAAGCCACUUUAUCGGAGGACGAGGCCGUGUCCCAGCGUGGCGUCAGGAGGUCCCAGAGUGUGAAAAUCGCCCGCUCAAAAGUUCGCAGAGAGGCUCGUUAUGGAUCCCUGAAGAUAAAGGGGAAAAGGAGACCAACGUUGAACACUGUCAACUAUGCACUUUAAAGAUUCCAAAUUUUCCAUGGACUGAACUACUGACAUAAACAUGUUCUCCCAUUCAAAAGGAAUGGUCUGUAAAUAUUUUCAUCAUUAGAAUUGGUUGAGGGUCCUAUCAGUUUUUAAAGCUCACAGUGUAUAAGUUAAAAGAUUCUUAUACUUUUCAAAGAGACUAUUUAUUUGGAAUUUCUAAAGAAAGUGUGUUACUCGUGCCUUAAUAUGCAGUUUGGAUGUGCUUUUUACUUUAUUUUUGUUUGGUCUGAAUUGCUUCUGUAUGUAUGCCUGACUUUGUAGUAUUUUAGUUUUACUUUGUAGUCAUGCAGGCAUGUGUGCCUGAAGUUGUAGUAUUUAUAUUUUAAUCUGUGGUUUUUUGUGUUUCGUAUGUAGGUUUGUGUACUGUAUCUCCUUACAGGUUUAGUGUGUGACACUGUUUAGAGUAAAAAAAUCUGACUAUUCUGACACUCUUGACAAAACCAUGAGACCAAAAGUGUCCCUUAUUGCUUAUUAGGGGGGGAAGUACCCAUCACAAGGGAUUAAGGGACUUGACAUGGGAUAUCUGUAGGAUAUAUGCUCAAGUGUCUUGAGGGAAAUUGGCUCGCCUGGUUUCCGUGGCUGCUUGUACAAACACUUGCAAAGCAAAGGUUGUCUUUUUGAUGCCUUCUUUUUGCACAUUCCUAUCUGGAAGCCUUUGUUCUUUGCUGUAUCUUAACUUGUCUUCUCAAUUUAGAAUGUGGCCUACUUUUAGGGAAAGGGCUGUGAAUGAACACCUGGGAACACCAAAGCUCUUUGUACUUUACCCCGAAACUUGAUGUUCAGGUUGAAUGGGUGAUUCAUUCUUUGUUUAAAGAAAACAAAAAAACCUUUCAUAUGAACAAAUAAAGCCUGAGUGAUUAUGGUUUGUACAAA